ACAAGAUGAACUUUCACCCCUGAGAACGGGGUUUAUUGUUUUGGUUAGGCAGUAGGUGGACAAACAUUAAUUUACCGAAUCCUUAGUGUUCUUAAUAAUUUACUCUUACAUGUACGGUGUGUAUAAAUAAGGACCUUAUCCACCGUGAACCGGUGCUGCUGCUGAAGAUGGUUUCUCCGAGAUAAGCUAGCGUUAGCUGCUGGCUAACAGAAUAUACGUAGCGGUGGAAACAACAUGAUGAUGAGGAGAAGAGGUGUGUAGGAGCGAUCGACGAAACAUCAGAUCGCACCGUUUUCCUACGUGUCACCCCUGGUUACCUGGAUUAUCCCGUCUGUGUGUCUGCAUAGCUGUUUGACUGCCUUUCCAAUAAAAGAAACUGAUCUGGUCACAUUUUAUACCUAUUUUUAACAGUGUUGGACAUUUGCAUCAAUGGGUGAAGAAAAACCGGACACGUUGGACUUUGUGAAGGAUUUCCAGGAGUAUCUGAGCCAGCAGACUCAACAUGUCAACAUGAUAUCAGGCUCUGUUAGCGGCGUCAAGGAGGCGGAUGAGCUACCAGCCGACUGCAGUCAGAAUGGCCUGGAUCAUCCUUCAGUGGAUAUGUCCCUUGAGGACAGCUCAGGGAUCUUGGUUGAUGGUUUUGAGAGGACCUAUGAUGGCAAGUUGAAGUGCCGCUACUGUAACUAUGCUACAAGAGGCACAGCACGACUCAUUGAGCACAUCCGAAUUCAUACAGGAGAGAAACCUCACCGUUGCCACCUCUGUCCAUUUGCUUCGGCCUACGAGCGGCACUUGGAAGCCCACAUGAGAUCACACACAGGGGAAAAGCCUUACAAGUGUGAGCUAUGUUCCUUCCGCUGCAGCGAUCGCAGUAACCUGUCACAUCAUCGCCGCAGACGCCACAAACUUCUGCCAAUGAAAGGCGCUCGCUCACUUUCCCACAAGAAGAUGCUGAGUGUGUUACAGAAGAAAGCUAGUUCACUGGGUUAUGGCCGCCGCCUACUAAUCAAUUUCAGUCCCCCCUCUAUGGUGGUACACAAAGCUGACAAUGUCAGCGACUACUCCCAUGAGCUGCCCCACUUGAGACAGGAGACUUAUGAUAAUCAGAGUCGGGCAGGUGAGGAUGGGAUAUCUGCAAAUCAAAACCACCAUCACCAUGAUAUGGUCAUGGAUAACCCCCUGAACCAGUUGUCUACUUUAGCUGGUCAACUAGCAAGCCUUCCCUCAGAGUCCCAGGCCCAGACUCAGCCUCCUGUGUCUCCGGGAGCUGAGUCUAUCGUCGAUGAGAAGCCUUUCCUCAUUCAGCAGCCACACCCUGCCACAGCUCCUGUGGCUGUUACAGCCAGCAUGGCCCACGCCUCCUCUUCUUCACCAAUCACCCCAGAGCCCCGGGCUCCUCCUCACAGCAAUUGCAGCCCUGGAGGGGGACCCUGUAGUGAGCACAGUGGGCGAAUCAGUACGCCCAGUAUCUCCAACAGCCAACCCAGUACACCAGCCCCAGGUCUGUCUGCUCCCCUGCAGGACCCCCACAUGCUGCAUCACUGCCAGCACUGUGACAUCUAUUUUCCUGACAACAUCCUUUACACCAUCCAUAUGGGCUGCCAUGGCUAUGAGAAUCCUUUCCAGUGCAACAUCUGUGGCCACAAGUGCAAGAGCAAGUAUGACUUUGCCUGCCACUUUGCCCGUGGGCAGCAUAAGUAGUAGAUUAAUGAGAAGAAAGAACUAUAAACAGACUACUUUGUUUUAUUAAUUCCAUAGUUAUUUUAUUUAUUGGUAUUUUACUUGGCCUUGAUGUAGCCUAGCCUUUUAAAGUUGUACUUACACAGGAAGACAUUCUUUUUGUAUAUUUAAAGGUGCCCAUCCAAGUGUUUUUAUUAAGGGAUGAUCAGUGUUUUCAUAUUGAGAAUUUAUUUGUGGUGCUGUUGGUGAAAGUUUAUUCACCUGUUUUCAUCAAUUAGGAACAAGAAGCUUCUCAAUUACGAAGUCUGCCUUAUUUAAUAUAAUAACUUACCAAAUUUACCUGACUUGUACCUUAAGCAAUGUUCAAUCCAGUGUGAUGGGCAUGAAGGGUCGCAGAGCCAUUAUAAAAACACAAAUUUGGAAGUGUUGUUGCAGAGAUGUUUAUUCUCUCCUUAGUGGUAGUGUGGGCAUGAUUUGAGGUUAUGACAUCUAAAACAUGCAGAAAUCUGUGACCCUGAACUUGCUCAGGAUUAUCAGAUUUCACACAUCUACCUAUCCUUAUGAGGAUAUGAUGAAUAUUAAAUACCAGAAAGUACAAAAGGCUUUUGUAAGGAAAGCUAUAUUGUAUAACAAGGCCACCCAAAUAAAUUCUCAACACUACUGGAGCAGUGGGUAAACAUUGCUCAGAUACUUAUACAGGAGUGAAACUUGGCAUAGUGUGAUCUUACUUGAGCCUUGUUGAAAUUACUUCAGUGCUUGGUGCAUUACUACUAUUUCUUUGCAGUGCCUGACAUAUUCAUUUUCUUGGGUGUCCAUGAUGAAGAGGACUGUUAUUUUGAAAAUGAUAUAUCCCAUUUUUUUACAGUAAAGGAUAGGCCCUUGGAAAUGGAAAAAAGUCUGGCCACUGUAGCUUCCUAUGGUAGCUAAGAUUUUGCCAAAAUUCUGCUUCAUGAAUGCUGCUAAGUUACUUUGGAAUUAAUGCCAGCUCUACCAUGGGGUAUCUGCAUUAAAACCUGUCCAAAAUUUGGUUUUGGUCAGACAUCCAAGUGGCAACUAACUACUUUUUUAAGCCCUCUUCCCUACAUAGUGCCCACUCUUGGCAACUUCACUUAUUUUUAAUAAAAUUGAUUUCCAUAGUCUUUUAAAUACAUCAACUCACUCUGAUGUUUUGAUAUUGUAUGAGGUCACUUUCAUAUCCUGUAGCUCCAUGUUUAGGACAGAAUUUCCAUGUAUUGUGUCUUCAGUGAAAACUUUUUCAGAAUUGCCAUGUAGCACCAGGGAUGCCAUGUUUUAACCUUUGUGAUAACACUCACUGAGAUCCCCCAUUUAACUUGUGAUCCCAGUGCUUUUCUGAAUAUUUAUUGAGUAUUGUAUUCUGAGUGGUUGGAUAGAUGUUCAGUGUCAAAACAGCAAACUCAUGUUGCAGUAAGAUUGCUAAUUUAGCAAGAUUGUUCUUUGUCUAGGGUAAUGUUGUCUGUUGCUUAGCAACAUGUGUGGAGGACAUAGUUACUGUUUAGGACCACUUCCUCAUCUCCAUGCUUACCAGUAAUAGGGGCAUCCAGUACAGACGCCUUAUGUUCUCUGUGUCGUAGGUUCAUAGAUAAUAAUAAUAAUAAUACUGAAUGUUGAAGCCUUUUGGCUAUCACUCUUUCCCUCUGGGAUGAAAAAUCAUUUUAUUGUGAGACUGAUGGAUCUAAUUUAUAAGUAAAGUGUUUUCUAACAGAG